AUGUCUCCGAUAUGCGUGCAUACUGUAUAGAUAUAUUGUACGCAAACCCCCAUUCACUUCUCAACGUACAAGUCCAAACGAUCGACGCGGUAUGAAGUGAGAUUUUAUGCAUUAAUCGGUCUCUGUGAAACAAACGCGUAGUGCAAAUGUGAUUUAAAGGAAUAUUUCCCGUAGACCUGGACCAAGAAAUAAGACCUUCUCCAGUGAGGAGAGACGAGACAAACUAGGACGCUGUAGACAAGGAGGAAGGAAGGAGAGAACGAAAAAUCCCACCGAAUUUUUUGUAUAUAUGAUGAGUGCCAAAGCCGAUCCCUCCAAUACGACAACGACGACGACGUCACAGUGUGACUGUCCAGAAAAGAUGAACCAUCACAGCAUUCUAUACACGUUAUUAUCAUCAGGGACAUCGACGACCACAGCAACGUCGUCAUCGCCGAAUCCGGCAGCGACGGACGAUGUGUGUCAACCUAAUUCGGAAGAAGAGAAGGCCGGGGGUAAGGAACAGGAGGCAAUAUAUUCAUGGGAUUGCACAAUGAGGGCGCCCCACUUGACGCAGACUCUACCCACGAUCAUCAAACUCAAACACUCGGAGGAGGUGUGUCCGUACGCGGCCCAGCUCCUCCUCAAAACCGUGGAUUUCAUCCGGAAUCUACCCGCGGUGCUGUGUCUCUCACGGAGCGAUCGUGUACGACUUCUCCAGCACUGCUGGUCAGAACUCCUUAUUCUUACCAUGGCGCAAUGUGAGUUCCACAUACAAGUGGAAAAAGUUUCUUUUCCCAAAGACUUGCAAGAUAAUACCACCAAUGUAAAUAAUAAGCCCACAUCUACGGUGACAUCCGUUGCCAGAUCGUGUUCGGAAAAGGAUUGUCGUGAGGGCGCCCUACUGAAAUAUAUUAUUGCAACACAAGGAAUUCCCACCACGUCGGACAUAGAUACUUUAAAUGCUUUUUUCCAAAAGUGUCAGACACUGGAGAUCGACGAUAAAGAAUUCGCGUAUCUGAAAUCAACCAUAUUCUUCAAUCCAGGUAAGAAAGUACAAAAGUUCUAAAAGUUUUUUUUGGGAGGGGGGGGGGGGGGAAAUACCAGGGCUAUUUAUAGUUUUGCAUAAAGUAUUGCACCUUAAUGCAUGCUGGAGAUAUUACAAAGCGCUUGUGUUUUAAAUUUCUCUUGUGCUUAACUCCUGAAGUAAUCAGAAUUAUAUUUUUUUCAUUAAUUUGAGAUUGUAGCUCUAAGAAUAAAAGACGAGUCUGGUGGUUCAUCCUCCUAUGGAAUAAUAGAGGCCGUUCUCAUUACGCUUUCUAAAACUAGUUUACUGGAAACCGAUUCAGGAAACCGAUUCAGGAAACCAGUUUGGAAGAUCGCUUUGCUAGCAUUCCCACUUGAUCGCGCGAAAUACGAAACCGCAGCGUAGGCAUUCUACACCUGUCGUUGGAGUAGCACGCACAAAAUAAGCGAAGAUCGCUUCCCGAAAAACGGUUGUGUCCUCACUUGUGCUAAAACCAGUUUACCGAGGCGAAGCGAUCUUGAAAACUACAUCGCGAGGUGGUUUUCUGAACUGGUUUGGAAGAUCACUUCCAAGACCACUUCGACCGUUCUCACUACGCGUUAAACUAGUUUCCACUCUCCACUAAACUAGUUUCCAGUAAACUAGUUUAAGGAACGUAGUGAGAACGGUGUCUUAGACAUGGCAUGAUUGUGAAGACUCAGUUCUUGCCUUGAACUUGCCAGAAGACUUGGCCGUACAAAAAGUGAUUAUACAUGUACAUUUUGGUACUUGUACCGGCUAUGUCCUAUCUCUUUUGUGUCUACCAGAUGUAUUUGGACUUGUCUAUACACUGUAGUUUUAAUGAUCGAUUCAUAUUCUUAUUGAAAGUAAAUAAAAAUAUUGUGAUGUGGUUCCGUAGAGGUUGGGAAGAUUGGCGAGUUCUCAAGAAACCGUCAGUGAGGUGUAAUCUGAUGCAACUAAACCAUAUUUGUUAACAUCCCUGUAUCAUGUGGUAGUACCGUAGUGCCCGGCACAUAUAGAGUAUGCAUGGAUCUUCAAAUUUUUUCAAAUUCAAAGUUGUUUUAUUUUAUUUUCAACAGAACAAAAUAAAAUGGUCGUGAAUAAUUACAAUGACAUUUGCAAAUUAAACUUAUACAAACAAUGUAAAUUGAGGUAGGUACGAUGUUUGAUAUUUUUCAUAAGUAAAACAAAUUAUUAUACAAAUUAUGCAAAUUAUCAUACACAUUAUACAGGGAAUAAUUUUUCUGGUAUUGCAUGAUUCGCAUCGCAAUUUGCUCCACAUUUUUGAAAGACUGCUAUGCAUAAAGUGUUUGUAUAGCAUAUUUUUACAUAGGACUGUACAUUAGGCCUACUUAGUUGAGAGCUUUUCUCUCAUUUGCCAUUCAAAUUUGUAAAGCAAAAUUAUUCCCUGUCAUAAAGAUCUGAGAAAAUGGAGGGAUCCACUAAAAACAUUGGAUGUACAGUACAUCAGCCAUUAUUAUGUUUAAAUUGAAAUGCACAGAAUCAAGCCUGUUCUUUUGCAGAUGAUAUUAAACCAAUGAAGACGAAGGCGAUGGUUUGUGCCAUUUGAUCAGGCUGAGGGCACAGUAUGCCUUUGCACCUGGAGUUUUGAUGGCAUGGGAGGUUGUUGAUUUUUUUUUUUUUUACUGUGCGGGGAGAAUGGAUGGUAGUGCAAUGUCAUGGAUACGGCAGGCCUGAGGAUUGGGGUGAGAGGGAGAGAGAGAGAGAGUGUGUGUGAGGGAGGAGAGAGAGAGAGGGAGAAUGGAAGAGAUAGGGAGGGGUGAGGAGAGGGGAAAAAGAGGUGGAAGGUAUAUGUAGAGUGGGGGGGGGUGGGGGUGAUGUUUAGAGGAAGGGGGUUAUGACAAGGAGUAUGAGAUACAUGGCGAUG